AUGACUGACAAAAUCUCUGACGAGUUACUGCAGCUAUGGCCGUAUGCGUCGGACCAGUUUGUUCAGAUUAUGUCAGUGCUCAAUCGUCUAACAACUUGGAAGGCUGUUACAAAUACUUUGCUCAACUAUUUUGGUACACUUCAAGAUACUGAACGACAGCUUGGAAAAGAGCAUGAAAAACUACACAAGUCUCUGGAAAAACUUGAACACUCACUUGGUGGAGAAAGUGGAGCUGUACUUCGGCCAUGGAGAAACUAUGCUCAGUUUUUCGAGUGCGAGUAUUUGUCUACAGAAAAUUUGGUUGCAACCUCAGCACUCCGACACUUGAAAGCACUCAAGGCAGAAAUUAAAAGAAAGAUCUGCCAAUGCGAGUCUGAUAUCAAAUCUUACAAAAACGGUGUGGUAAAGGCCCGAAACCUUACUCUUUCUGGCAUUUCAGUUUACGAACGUAACUUGUCAAAACGAUCCAAUGCACUCAAAACCGACUCUGGGGUUUCACUUGGCACGACAUAUACUAGUGAUCCAUGGCUUUCCGAGCGCUCACUCUAUUAUCAGUUGCAGAUGAUGGUAAAAGGCGAAAAUGAUUUUCAAAAAAGUAUUCAAGCACUUUUUGAAAAUAUAGCCACGUUUGAUAGUUAUAUUGUAGCCACAAUUAUGCAAACAAUGAACGAAUUCUCCACAGCUCGUAUCUCACAGUGGGAAUCUAUGCAGAAACAUUUGACAUCGGUUCAAAGCUUUUCGGCACUGUCUGAACCAGCUGCACACUUUGAGGUGUUUUCUUCUGCACAUCACAUACAUAGUCCAGAGAUCUGGCAACAAACACGAACCUUGCAAGACUUUCCCUAUCAAGUGCGCGAGAUUCAAAUUUUAAAGCAUGGAGUUUUGCAUAUUCCAAGCAAGUUUUCUAAAAACAGCUGGCUUCCAGUGGUUGCUGUGAUUACCGAAACAGGAUUUUUUCAUUGCUUUAAGAUUUCAGCACACAAACACUCUCGACUUAUGGAGUGGAUAGCUCAACAGCAAAUGCCAAAAGAAAUGGCAGAUAAUGAACUGAACUCUCCAGCAAAAUCUUUUUUGCAGUCUGAAAUUGAAAGCGUUACAUCAACUUCAACAACGUGGCCAUCCCUUUCUACACUACGUAAAAGUCAAUCUAAUUCCAUCCAACCUCUUUCUCCAGAAGAAGUUUACAGAGGUGCUGAUAGACCUAGUGCAGCUAUCAGUGUUGGGCUGAAGCAGCCACGAAUCACCAUUCAAUUAGUUCCAGAAAAAUCCAACCAGCAUAUAUUUGAAUUGAUCAUUCAGCGUCGAAGGCCGCGAUCUGGAGGAUUUUUUGGAGCAUGGGCUCGACCAAGUGUAGAUGCGUGGACACGGUUUGAAUUCAAAGCAUCAAAUGAACUCGAACUCAUUGAAUGGCUGGCUGCUUUACAAGGAAGGAUACAAAACUUUGUCCCUCAAGGUCCACCAUCUCCUCUGUUUAAAAGUCAGCAAUCAAUUGAAAAAAGCGUUGAAGCCAUGAUCAAGGAGCACCAUGAACGUGCGCUAACGGAUAUUGUCCAUACCAACACAUUGCAUUCUCAAAACCAGCAGCUGCUAUCAAGAAUAAGACAAGCCACACUUCCCAACCCGCCACUUUCUACAUCUCAACAUGAAGCAGAAUCUCAAUCUAUGUCGCUGUCUACUCUCAAAAGCGAUUCAUGUGUAAUUUCACAUGAUGAAUGCCAUUCAGCUAUGCCAGAUACAUUGUCAUACAAGACAGUAUCCAUGCCAGAAUCUAAACCAAGCAUAUAUACUACUCCUAGAGUAAACAAAGAUCAUAUAUUGAAUGCUGACGAAGAAACCAAACUACAGGAAUGCACGGCUCACAGUAAAACCAUUGUAGCUGCGUAA